AUGUCGGAGAUGAAUUUAUAUGGAGAAAUUCCAGAUUCGAUUUGUAAUUUUUCAAAUUUGAAAUUUCUAAAUCUUGAGCAGAACAAUUUGAGCGGGAAAAUUCCAGAAAACUUGUUUUUGUUAAAGAACUUGAGGUUUUUGACUUUAAAUGACAACAAAUUGUCAGGUGAAAUUCCGAAAGAAAUCAAAUGUAUGGAAAUGGAUGUAAUUGCUAUUUCGAGUAAUCAGUUAACUGGUUCGAUUCCUGAAGGUAUUGUUAAAUGGAAUAAUCUGACAUACUUGGAUAUGUAUUCAAAUCGAUUAACAGUAGAAAUACCGGUUGGGAUCUGUUUACUUCCAUUACUGACUGAUAUUUAUUUUUAUGAAAACAACUUAUCAGGUGAACUGCCCCAAGAACUUGGUUUACAUUCCAAACUUAAAUAUCUUUAUGUCUCAAAGAACAAUCUUUCUGGUAAUUUGCCAGACAAUUUAUGUUCUGGUGGUGAGUUGCAAGAUAUUACGGCUUCUUCAAACAAUUUUACAGGAAAAUUAUCAAAAACCUUUGGGAAUAACAUGUUAAGUGGUGAGAUUCCGUCUAGUUUUCUGUCAUCUAUGAAGUUAUCACUGGAACUCCAAAUAUUAUACUUAUCGCUGAACAAUCUUUCUGGCCAUAUUCCUAAAAAUAUAGGGAACUGCACUGGAUUAAAAGAGAAAUCUUAUGCUCUUAGCGAUGGCACUGGUCUUGGAUUGGAGAUGGUAGUCAAAGGAGUCAUGGUAAAAAUUCCAAGAAUAUAUGAAUAUAGCGCAAGUAUCGAUUUGUCAUGCAAUAUUCUGAAUGGAAGCAUUCCUGAAGAGCUAAGCUUGCUAUCACGCCUCACUUCACUUAAUUUAUCUCAUAAUCACUUAUCUAGUGAUAUACCUAAAAAUAUUGGAAAUUUGUCUGCGUUAGAAUCUCUAGAUUUAAGUUCCAAUAAACUGUCUCGAAGUAUUCCACGAUCUUUGGCAACUAUCAACACUCUUGGGGUCUUAAAUCUUUCUUACAAUGAGUUAAACGGCAGGAUUCCAAGAAAAAAUCACUUUGAUACACUGAGCGUGGAUGGUUUAGCUUUCGCUGGGAAUGAUUUACUGUGUGGAUCUCCAACAAAGAAAGUUUGCAAAGGUGAUCGCAAUACUAGUAGCGGUGUUGACGAUCCUGCAAUUGAGGUCUAUCUAGAGGAUGCAAAAGAGAAAUUAGUCUUGUAUGCUAUCAUCGCGUUGGGGUUUAUCGUUGGAUUUUGGGGUUUGUUUUGUGUUUUGUUUAUGAAUAAAGAGAAAUGGUGGUUCCCAUAUUGGAGAUUUAUUGAUUUUGUUGCAAUUAAACUAACAAGUUUUAUUUAG